AUGUGGUGGUCGAUACCAUACGGCGAUACCAAAGAGCCAUUCUUUUGGGGUACUCGCACCGCUGCUGUCAACUUUUGCGAAGAGGACUACAUCAUCACUCAUUAUGUCGCCGAGUUCUUCAACACCCUUACCAGUCUGGCUUACAUUGCCUACGGAAUCCACGGAAUCCGUCGGUACAAGCGGCAAGACCUCAGCAUCUUCGCCGGGGCGAACCUGUCCUACUGGGCACUCAUAGGAGUCGGGAUCUUUUCCGGUCUAUACCAUCUGACUUUGAAGUACCACACGCAGAUGUCCGAUGAACUUAGCAUGCAUCUGGCCAUAGGGACUGUGCUACAGCAGGUCUUUACCUUCAAGGAGCCGCCGAAAGUGCAGGUUCGGAACACUGCGAUAAUUCUUGGUGUCUUGGUGCCGUUUGUGAUUUACCAUUGCGUGGCUGACGAGUUUAUGCUCCAUGUUAUUUUGUUCUUUUGCAUGUCGUUGAUCGUGGCACGUCGAGUAAAGAAGCUGAUUCGGGAGCAAAUCAACGAUGCAGACCACCGAGCCAAGCUAAGGUCACUGGUGACUCUAGCGACAUUCAUGGCCAUGUUCGCUUAUUUCCUAUGGAACAUCGAUGUCCAUUGCUGUGGAACUCUCACACGAUGGAAGCGUCAGCUAGGGAUGCCUUUGGGAAUACUGCUCGAGUUCCACGGAUACUGGCAUAUCUUGACGAGCAUAUCCGCGUAUACUUUCAUGGCCAUUAUUGAGUUCUUGAUUAGUGAGGGCGAUGCCAACCGAGCGAAUGGUUUUGCAUGGCCAGCAAAAGACGUCUUGAAGAUGUUACCGACAAAGAACGCAGACGAAACGCCGAUGAAUGGCGGUGCCAAGGGCGGCAACUGA